CCGAUUGGUGAGCGGCGGGCGCCGUCCCGCCCCCGGCGGCGGCCAGCAAGCUGCGUUGCGGGCGGGCGGGCGGCGAGUUCCUGUGCUAGGCCUCGGCGGGGGGAGGGGGCCGGUGGCGAGUAACGGCCGCGGGGCGCGGGCCGGGGCGAUGGUGGCCGGCGUGUAGGGCGCGGGGCGGCGCGGCGGGGGGCGCGGGGCGGCCACCAUGAUCAUAGAGAACGUGGACGCCCUCAAGUCCUGGCUGGCCAAGUUGCUGGAGCCGAUAUGUGAUGCAGACCCCUCAGCCUUAGCCAACUAUGUUGUGGCAUUAGUCAAGAAAGACAAACCAGAGAAAGAGCUGAAAGCUUUUUGUGCUGAUCAGCUGGAUGUCUUUCUGCAAAAAGAAACUUCAGGUUUUGUAGAUAAACUCUUUGAAAGUCUGUACACAAAGAGUUACCUUCCUUCUCUUGAACCAGCAAAAGUAGAAGCAAAGCCUGCAAGUCAGGAGAAAGAAGAAGUCAAGGAGGAGAAUCUUCAAGAAUCACUUGAGGAAGAGCGAGAUGGCAGGAAAAAGAAGUAUUCUAGCCCACAGAGAAGCCGUGCAGAUUCCAGUGAACACAGAACCAGAGACAAAAAGAGAGAUGAUGGAAAAUGGAGGGACUAUGACAGAUACUAUGACAGGAGUGACUUAUACAGAGAGAAGUCUGGAUGGCGACGAGGCAGGAGUAAAAGUCGUAGUAAAAGCAGAGGGUUAAGUCGAAGUCGUAGCCGCAGUAGGGGUAGAAGCAAAGACCGUGAUACAAACAGAAGUGUUGAGCAUAGGGAGAGAUCAAAAUUCAAGAGUGAGAGAAGUGAUGUUGAAGGCUCAUAUAAUCCAGUUUCUGUGUCUGCCAGUAACUCUACUGAACAGUAUUCCUCUGCACAGUCUAUUCCCAGUGCUGUUACUGUAGUUGCACCUGCUCACCAUCUUGAAAACACAACAGAGAGCUGGUCAAAUUAUUAUAACAAUCAUAGCACUCCUGGUUCGUUUGGCAGAAACCCUCCGCCUAAAAGAAGAUGUCGAGAUUAUGAUGAGCGAGGGUUUUGUGUACUUGGCGAUCUUUGCCAGUUUGAUCAUGGAAAUGAUCCUUUAGUAGUAGAUGAAGUUUCCUUGCCAAGUAUGAUUCCUUUUCCUCCACCGCCUCCGGGCCUUCCUCCUCCUCCUGGUAUGCUUCUACCUCCUAUGCCAGGUCCAGCUCGCAAUAUGAGGAUGCCAGUUCCACAGGCUCAUCCACAGGCACCACCUCCUGUUGUGCUUCCUGUACCAAGACCACCUCUAACACAGUCAAGUCUGAUAAAUAAUCGUGACCAGCCUGGGACAAGUGCAGUACCGAGUCUUGCACCUGUAGGAGCAAGACUACCUCCUCCUUUACCCCAGAACCUACUGUAUACAGUAUCAGAACAUACAUAUGAGCCAGAUGGCUAUAACCCUGAAGCUCCUAGUAUUACCAGUGCUGGUAGAUCUCAAUAUCGACAGUUCUUUACAAGAGCACAAACGCAGCGUCCAAAUCUAAUUGGCCUAACAUCUGGGGAGAUGGAUACAAAUCCGAGAGCUGCCAAUAUUAUCAUCCAGACUGAACCUCCCAUUCCCAUUACAAAUAAUAGCAGCAAUGUAACUAGAGUCGUGCUUGAACCAGACAGCAGGAAAAGAUCUCCAAGUAGUAUGGAAUGUCCACCACUAAAGAAACCGUGGAUGGGAAAGCAGGCCAGUAACAACCAGAAUAAACCAGGAUUUUUGAAGAAGAAUCAAUAUACUAACACAAAAUUAGAAGUUCGAAAAAUUCCACCAGAAUUGAACAACAUUACACAGCUCAAUGAACAUUUCAGUAAAUUUGGAACUAUUGUAAACAUUCAGGUUGCUUUCCAGAAUGAUCCUGAAGCUGCUUUAAUUCAGUACUUAACUAACGAUGAGGCUAGGAAGGCGAUUUCCAGCACAGAGGCAGUUUUGAACAAUCGAUUUAUAAGGGUGCUGUGGCACAGAGAAAAUGAACAGCAGCCCCCAUUGCUGCAGCAACAACAGCAGCAGCCACCCUCACAGUCUCUUCAUCACCAGCUUCACCUUCAGCAGCAAGCCCUGACCGCAACUCCAGCUGUAACAAUGCAUAGCAAUAUGUCAAAGGUGAUGAAUAAACCGAUGGCAUCUGGUGCCUAUGUCCUUAAUAAAGUCCCAGUGAAACGUCGCCUUGGAGCAGCAGGUGGAAACCAGCCUGACUUAAGUCAGGCUGGGGCUGUAGUAGAGGAUUCUCAGUCAUUUCCUACUUCUACAAGCCACUCAAAAAUGGUUUACAGUUCUUCAAACUUAAAAACACCUAUGAAGCCUGGUGCAGGGUCUAAACCUCAUGAUGUGCAAGAAGCUCUUAAAAAAAAGCAGGAGGCAAUGAAACUCCAACAAGACAUGAGGAAAAAGAAGCAGGAGAUGUUAGAAAAACAAAUAGAAUGCCAGAAGAUGUUGAUAUCCAAGCUGGAGAAAAAUAAGGGCAUGAAACCAGAGGAGAGAGCAGAAAUAAUGAAGACCUUAAAAGAACUAGCAGGAAAAAUAUCUCAAUUAAAGGAUGAAUUAAAAACUUCAUCUACAUCCUCUACCCCGUCAAAAUUAAAGUCCAAGACAGAGGCACAAAAGGAACUUUUAGAUGCAGAACUGGACUUUCAUAAAAGACUCUCUUCUGGAGAAGACACAACUGAAUUGCGAAAAAAGCUAAAUCAGUUACAAGUAGAGGCUGCCCGUUUAGGCAUCUUGCCUGUUGGUCGAGGAAAGGCAGUGCCUGUCCAAGGAAGAGGACGAGGACGGGGUCGUGGAGGGAGAGGAAGAGGCAUGUUGAAUCAUAUGGUGGUGGAUCAUCGUCCCAAAGCACUAACAGUUGGAGGCUUCAUUGAAGAGGAAAAAGAUGAAUUGUUACAGCACUUCUCUAAAUUUGGAGAUAUUGAAGACCUUCAAGAAGAGGAUUCACCACUAAGUGUUGUUCUGACUUUUAAAUCUCGCUCAGAAGCUGAGAAUGCUGCUAACCAAGGAUCCCGGUUCAAAGACCGAAGGCUACAGAUAUCGUGGUACAAACCUAAGGUACCCUCUGUGUCCACAGAAAUUGAGGAAGAGGAGCCUAAAGAAGAGGAAACAGAAACCUCAGAUUUAUUUUUGCACGAAGACGAUGAUGAUGAUGACGAAGAUGAGGAUGAAUCCCGUUCUUGGAGAAGAUGAAACUUGAUGUUGGAAAUGUAUAAUUUUAGGAAUAUAGUUCAAGCUACAUCUUUUAAACAUUUAUUUAAGAAAGUUGAUGAGCCAAAAAAAGCUUUACUUUCUUUUCAAACCACAAGAUUUAAAGUGAGCGAAGUUUGUUAUAGAAACAUUUCGGAUAGAGAGCUGUGAUACUAAGUUAGCCAAAGGCCCAGUAACUUUUUACAGAAUUCUCGAGCUCACUGGGGGUAAUGAUUUUUCUAUUUAAGAAGGAUAAAAAGAGAAAGAAAACAAAAUUAGUAUUUUCUUGUCCUCUUUUUGUGUCGCCUGUAUUACCUUGUUUUGGGUUUUUUUAUAAUGUGAUUAAUUUGUUAGUUUAUAAUUGUAAAGAUGUUACAGAUUUUAUUUAGCAAUAUUAUAGGGUUGGGGAAAAGACACACAAAUUUCCAUUAAAUGUUAUAAAAGAAAAAAUUGCCUCAUUUACUAAUUGAAAAACAGUAGCAUUUUAUUCUAUAUGUAAUCACUUAUUGUAGAAAGUACUUGUGGCUGAGUUCACAAAUCAUUUAUUUUGCGAUGUUUGAAGGCUACACAAUUUCUAUGUUCUACUGCUUUUUGUGAGAGGAGUUGGAAAAACUAAUUUAACUGGGUAUUAAUAUAAUAUUGUCCAGCUAUAGUUCACUCUUUCUUCAAAUCCUGCUUCACGAAAUCAGCAAGGAAGAGAUUUGAGUAAGUUUUCACUUGCUAUUGGUUUUUUUCUUGUUUCAGUGCAAGGUUUAAAAUUAGAGCUAGGCUGUUCACUUAUUGCACUUCAGUAUUAAUGAGCACAAAUGUAAUGAGUUUCAUACUUCCUCAAAAAGAAUUCAACUGGUGCGCAUGUGCAUGUAUGCACGCACGUGCGUGUGCGCACACACACCCUCAGCUGUUAGCUCUUCCUUCUCUCCCUCUAACCAAACUUUUUAUACUUUCAUUUAUGUUCAAACUAAAUCCAUGAAGCGUUCAGAGCAAGUUGUUUUUUAGCCAACAGAAUGUCAGUGUCCUACUCAAAGACUUGCAUUAAACCAGCACUUUAAGUGAUGAGUCUUCAGAGUAGUGUUCAGACUUGUUUUUCGAAGAUUAUUCAUUUAUCUUCGAGUAUAAUUUUGUUUCAACAUGUUUAAGGUGAACACUGUUAUAUUCUUAGUUGCCUUAUCUCGGUACCACUUUAAAACAUCCCCACCCACCCAUCCGCCCACCAAAAAUGGUGUGUAUUGUGGUAGAAAUGAGGAUAAAAAGUUUAGAUACUUGAGCCAUUUAUCUUAACUAUUACAUGGCUCUUACAGCUCACGAAUAGAGAUGUUAUGUAGUAAGCAUUUCCUAGACUCUGUGCAUUUGUACCGUACACUUUUCAGUACAUUUUUAUGUAUGUUUCUAUACAAAAUAAACUGAAUGACGGUGCAGAAAUGCUCUCCUUUGAAUAAUUAGUUUAUCAAGAUACUUGCCAGGUAGUUCCUGACUGAAUAUAAAUAUAUAUCAAGACCUUUAAGUUAAAAUGGCUCUGAACUUAACCAGUGAAAUGAAGUUGAGCAUGUCUUUGAGUUAACAGUUCCCCUAACUUUAUACACCACCACAGCAAAUGGAUAAUAGAAAGUUGAAACAGUAAUUCCUUGUUAGUGGAAGGGAAUAUGUCUUUCAGUAUUCUUUCUCUUCACAUUAAAACUUCACCUCUCUAUAUAAUUAUGACUUUCUUGCUAAUGUUGAGGCUAAAUUACGUAUGUGAAGAAAUGAGGGAAAAAGUCCUCCAUACUUAAUGUCUUGCUUUUCUCCCAUCAUCUCUAAUGUUUUUCUUAAUGUCUGUGGCUCAGUCAGUGUAAAUUUUGAGAAAUAUAUUGCAGCAAACAUUUGAGUCCUGACAGUUUAAAAAAAAAAAAAAAAGAGGGAACAAAGGAUUUAUAUAUUUUUUUGUACAGAGGUUUUUCUUAAACUGUAUAAUUUUGUAAAUAUUUUCCUUUUUGUGUACUAAAACUACCAGCGUAUAGAUUUCAAUAAGAAUUGUUGUAUUUUUGUAUUUGGAAACUGAAGAUUACAGUGAAUGAAUGAAGCUGUAAGGAAAAAAUUGCGGUAGCCUUUGACACACUUAAACUGGGAUUCCUUUUCAUAUGGUUUUAGCUCUAAAAUGGCAUUUAAUUGGCACACUGUCUUCAGGGACGUUUUUGCCCUUGCUCAAACAUGCUGGCUUUUCAAAGAGAGAGGGUGAGAGAGGAGGGAAGCAUGUGAGGUAGCUCUAUUUAAUGAAUUUUGGAGAGCUUCAUAUGACUUUUUUUUUUUUCCUUUAGAGUACACAUUGGCAGGCUUACAUAAAUCCUCAAGUGACAUCCCAAACAUGAUUUCUGAACAUUGAGGCACAAGAAUGAGUUGCAUCUCCGAACUUACCAUGUGUAUUGAAAGCAUGCUAUUAUAUUACUGGGAAUUUUAGUGAUGGGCAGUAUAGUAGUAACUGACUUCUGGUGUGUAAGGAGUAGGAAAGCUGCUUGAAAGUGACCUUCAUUUUGCGAAAGCUUAUGGACCUCCCUGUAUUUUAGGGUGUACUAGGCUAUAUUAAACUGUUUAUUUUUAAUAGGUAAUGUAACAGUACAGCUUAUUUUUUAUGGUAACAUUUUAUUGUGAAAUUAAUGUGUACUUUCAGAGUUAAUUAGACAAAACUUAUAAUUGCCAAUAUAACUUACUUACACAAGCCAGUAUAUUUACAGGAUAUGUAAAAUAAGAUGUUACCAGUCUAAACUUAGUUUAUCAGCAUUGAAAGAGUAUACAAUAAAAAGGGAAAGAAAUUGUGAUGAAGAGUUAUCCUUCGUCUCCUUUUUAUUGUUGAAUUAAGCUAAGCAAAAAAAAAAAAAAAAAAAAAAAAAAAAAGGAAAAGAAAACAACCCAAGAGUUGAAAAGAUAAAUCUAAAAACACUUGCCUGCUUACAGUGAAAACAUGACAACUUUUUUUUUUUUAAACAAAAUCAUGUGAAAAGGAAUGAAGUUCCUCUUGGUGUAUAGUAAACUUGUACUAUAGUUUUUACAAAAUCGUGAACUUGUGUAAUAGUAUAAUAGGAGAUAUUGUUGAAUUUCUAACUGUUUAUACAUUUAAAUUCAUAUAUGUAAUGUUUGUUUUAUUGAUUACGAUCUGAAUUUCUAAGAUGCAUGUUGACUUUUUGCAAUAAAGAUAUACUAUGGAAUGGUUCAA